CUGAACAGACAAGACAGCCGAACAAGCAGAACGGCGCAGCAGACAGAACGACCAGCGGAACAGACAGAGCGACAAACCAGACGAGACGACCAAGCAAGGAGAACGACCGAAGAGACAGACACAAGACCGAACAGCCAGAACGACGGAACAGACAGAACGACGGGACAGACAAGACGACGAUACAGGCAAGACGACGGAACAGACAGAACGACAGAGCAGACAGACCGACGGCCAAACAGGUGGAACGACUUAGCAGCAAAGACGAGGGAGCGCCCUCAGGCCGCUGGGCGGUGCGUGGUCAUGCUUCAGCCGUAGCCACCGCGGCGCGCCCUCGAAUCACAGGGGAGCGAGAAUGGAGCGAAGAAGGGAGCCAGAGGAAGACGACAGCCGCGCCAGCUCUUCAGAGGGCCCAGCCCUGCGAGCUCUGCGCGGGUUGGCUCGCAUGUCGCUGCUGUCUGCUCCACAGUCAGGCGAUACGACAAGACGUCCUACAGUCAGACGAAGAAGACAAGGAUAUGUGAACAUGUGGCGGUCAAGUGGAGGCGCCCUUACCUAUCCUAUCCUAUUUGCUUUGAUCGUCCAGACGCAUGCAUGCAGAAGCACAGCUGUUCAGAUUUGAAAGUAUAAUAAUCUGUUUCAUUGCUACACCGUAAACGUCGUAGGACUAAAAGUACUGCUGUUUGUUAGCUUAGACUAAAAAUGUUGUUUUAGUCCUCUUCUAGGCAAUUUUCAUGAUGUACUAUUUUUCAUGAUGCAAAAAUUUUCAUGAUGUAAUAAUUUCAAAUGCCUGCUUACUUCGUUGAUUCACACGCGUUGAUGUAGACGAACCGAUUAUAGUACUUGUAAAAUUUGUAAACUACUGAAAUCGGUUCUAGAAGUAGUACUUGUAAACUUUUACUGAUUGAAAAUGUUGUUUGCUCCGUUAUUUGCUUGUGGUUUUGCGGAGGCAGCGAUGAGUUCUGCCAGUGUACGCCAGAAUGUCGCUCCCAAAUCGAGAUCAGCACUCUCAUCCGGUGCGAGAACAUCUUCACAACUCACACAAACUACUAGUGGGGAAUCUUCACAGCUCACUGGUAGUGGGGAGGGAGCUUCUCCACAAAUUGCUAGUGGGGAGUUAAGGCUUGGAAGUUGGCCAAUCACUAUCUAGGAGCAUGAUGUCUAUGACCCUUUCAAAGGGAAAAAGGAUAGAUAUGCGAGGUAGAUCGGGCAACUUUCAGCCUCUAAUAGAGGAGGGAGAUCAGAUGAAUGUUUCCACCUUAUCAUCUCCAGUAACUAUUAGCGAGGCCGUUGAAGUAGAAAAUGUUGAACCUCCUCCCAAGCCAGAAGAAGAAGCUGAUGCUGUAGAUCCAACACAAGGGGUUUUCUCUUUAUCAGCAGGGUUAUCAAGAUGAAGCGGACCCUUCUUGGAAAGUAAAUAUUGUCAAACGCGGCACUUCGCUAAUUCCCAUUCAACAACAACAACCUCAAACAGAAAAUUCCGCACCUCUUCUAUUCUCAGAAAGUCGGAUGAUGAGCAAGUCUACGACUGCAACUGCCUUUAUUCCAUCGAGCUCUUCUGCUGACGGUCCUUUUGGCGCGUAUCCUGGAAGAGGCGGCGGCUCAAUCACUCGCACUCCUGGAGGAGAAGCCCUUAGCACCUCCAGAGAAACACCGAGCACAUCAAGAACAUGGACAAGAAGUGAGCAAACUGGUGUAGUUUUAUGGGGUCAGCUUUUCCCCAUCUUUCUUCUCAGCAUCUCUCUGUCUGGUAUUUCCUUCGGUUCCCAUAGAAGAACACAAGGGAUGAGAAGGUGUCUCUCUGGUAUCCUUUUCAUCCCAUAGAAGAACACAAGGAAAAAUGUACCAGGAUGAAGAGGGGAUUGGGAUGGGAAUGGAUCUUCGUAUUUCCAGAUCUCUAAUAGUUUCUUCCCAUCCCGCUACAAGGAGUUCCAUUGUCGUUUCACCUCCGAGCGAUGGUCAACGGUCAGACCUACUACUAUGCUGAGGCCUACAACUGAUGCGGUACUAUCCCGCCCUACAACUGCUGCUAAUACUACAAGAACAUCAACAAAUAGUGACCACGUCGUGUUUGGUGUGCCAGG